UAUGAUAUAAGGAUGUGUCUAAUUAUGAACUGGGGUGUUUGUCCCACAUGAGAGGCCUAGCAGGUUUCUCAACCCAGGCUGCUUAUGAAAAUUACUUGGGAGAUUUUUAUCUAAAUGAUGAUGCCCUGUCCCUCUACUUUUUUGAUGUCCCUGUGUGUGGUGGACUUCUUUUCCCUGGGUCUCAGGGACUUGACCCCCAGUCCCUACUAGGGUGACAGCUUUCUUACCUGUACUCACAGGCAUGCACAGCAGUCACCGCAUGUUUGGCUGUGAGAUCCAGGAAGAUGGCCACUCCAACAGCUUCUGGCAGUUUGGUUAUGAUGGGGAAGACCACCUGUCACUGGAUGUGGAAACUCUGAGCUGGAUCUCAGCUAACCCUGUGGCUCUGGCGACCAAGCGCUGGAUGGAGAGAGAGCGCUGCUAUGCUGAGUACGACAAAGCCUACCUGGAAGGGCCCUGCCUCACCUCCCUGCACAGCUACCUGGAGCUGGGAGGCCAGAGAUUCACCCGGAGAGAACCACCCACAGUACGGGUGACAAAGCACUCAGCCCAGGAUGGAGGUACCACCCUGAGGUGCUGGGCCCUGGGCUUCUAUCCACAAGACAUCUCACUGAGCUGGUGGCUGGGUGAGAAGAAGUUGAAUUCAAAGCUUGAGUAUGUGGAGACACGCCCCAGUGGAGAUGGCACCUAUCAGACGUGGAUGGCCGUGUGGGUGCCGGCUGGGAAUGAGACCCAAUACACAUGCCAUGUGCAGCACUCCAGCCUGAAUCACACGCUCACUGUGUCCUGGGAAAUGCCCUCUCAUCCAGGACUUGUGGCCAUAGUUAUCCCUCUCAUCCUGAUCUUGCCGGCGAUUGGCGGUGUUGUGAGCUUGAUCAAGUGCCUUCGAGCCAGGAAUAAGGAGCCUUACGAGCAAGCCCCAGGUGAAUAGGACCCCCAUAAUUCUCAAAGCCCAGCAAGAUCAGGAGCUGCUCAACUCAUCUGCUGACAGAAGUCACUGUCACAAAUCAAGGAUGUGUUUUGUGGAGUGUGCACUGGCUGGCUCAUGUGAUCUGUGAAGGGCCCACCCAACCCAAAACUGAGCCCUCUUCAUCCCCACCAGCCUUCUUACAAGCAGUCUGUGCCACUAAGAUGGCUUUACCCUCUUCCUGAAGCCCUUUUAAAAGUGUAAUUAUUUCCAGUUUGGGGGGUGGGAAGGGGGGCUGUAGUAAUCCCGCAGCUUCUCUUACACUUGACAGUUUGCAGAGUGAUUUCAUGUUAAUUGUAAAUCCCACUUGAGCUUCUCAGGCACUCUAUGAGUUUGGCAAUGUUACUCUCAUUCCCACUUGCCCAACCUGAAAACCAAGCGUCUGGGCAGUCAGGGAAAAACCAGAAAAGUAUCCAAGAGUUACAGGGGCAGCAUCCUGUGUGAACCUGCUAGCAUCAGAAAGAAAUGACUGACUGACUGCUUCUUUUAUAGGUGUGUUCUGUAUAUAUGUAUGAUCUCCUUCUGUAUAGAUUAUAGAGUGUUGGGUGUGUGAGGGUAUAGGAGAGGCAGUAAGAGUAGGUGUGUGAAACUGAGGAGGUGUGUUAGGGUGAAGAUGUGUGGGUGUGUAUGUUUGAGGGUGAGAGGAUAUAUGAGGUGCAUGUGAGGGGGAGUGUAUGUGUGGUGUGUGGUAUCCUUUUGUAUUUGAGGAGAAGCUCAGAAGACAGGUACCUGGAGACCUGUUAGUUAGUCCCAGGCAACUGAAGGUUGGGACACAAUUCAGACCAUACUUUCCCUAUGUCCUAUCCUUUUGAAUUGUUGAAUUUUUACAAUAGGCACAGGUUACUGAUAGAGUAGGAAAAGACCCCUUUUCUCUGUGUCACAUGAAAAUGCCUGUGAAGGAUAUGUCUGGAGAAGGCCCAGCCUCACCUUUGCAUGUUCAGUGGAGCAGAAACCCCUUAUCUCCUCUCUGAACAAGAAUCCAGUCUCAGGGCCAUCUGGUGUGCUAGCAGCUGGGACUCCAGAGCCGAGGCAGAGAGAGCUCUCUCCAUUGUCAUAGGACACAAGGUCAGACCCAUUCCAGAGCACCCGCUGCCUCCCCUUCAGCUGACCCCAAAGUGCGACAGAGCCUCCUGUGGAGAGUUUGAAACCUCUAUGUCUACAGCCCUGGGAGGCUCAAAGGCCAAGGAUGUGAACGCUUGUAAUACUAGAAAAAGAGUCAACCUACCUUGGUGGCCUGUAGAACCUAAGCAGUGAGCUUGUAAUGAUUGACUUGUACUGAAGACGUGUCUUAUAUGUCUGUCUUUCUCACUGAUGUUGUCAUGCCCCAUAUAUGCUGUGCAAACCACAUACUAAGCAGAGUUCUAGGCACUUUAUUGUAUGUUAGUCGCUCAGUCACGUCCAGCUCUGUGAGACCCCAUGGACUGUAGUCCACCAGGCUACUCUGUCCAUGGAAUUCUCUAAGCAGGAAUACUGGAGUGGAUAGCCAUUCCUUUCUGCAGGGGAUUUUCCAGACCCAGGGAUCGAACCUGGGUCUUCUGCGUUGCAGGCAAAUUCUUUACCAUCUGAGCCACCAGGGAAGCCCUUUAUUUUGUACUUUAUUGUAUACUAAGCUAUUUAGUCUUCCAAGCAUGAGUGUAGGGGGGAAUAAAUACUUCUGUGGUACAGGUGAGGAAACUGAGGCCCAGGGUCCCACAGCUGAUUCAUGCCAGAGCUGGGAUGUGAGGACAAGCAGUCUGGCUGCUACAGCCUGGCCACCUCACCACUGCACCAAAGCCUCAACAGUAACUGAGCUGUUCUGUAAAUGGGCAAGUAAGUACAGGUCUACAAUCCCUUUUUUGCAAUUCUGAAAUCUACAAAAACCUCUGGAAGCUAGAAGCAUCUUCCCAACUUUGUCAUCAAAACAUGACCUGGGAGAGGGGCAGGAGGGGAAAAAAAAAAAUCCUAAAGUGAAGUGAGGUUCAGUGCUUCCACUGCCAGGGGCACAGUUUUGAUCCCUAAUCAGGGAACUAAGAUCCCACAUGCCCCACUAUUGAACAAAAAAGAAAAAGAGUCAAGUGGGGUUAUUCAUAUUCUUCAUUAACUUCCUUUAGUGUGCCUUUUCACAUUUUUUCACAGAAAUAUUGAUUUGGGGGAUUAUUGGAUGUCACCCCAGACAUCUCUGGUAGUAUUAUAUAAUAUUCAGUAUUCACAUCUUGGUAUAUUUCUAAAGCCCAAAGAAUUCUAAAUUCUAAACUAUAUCCAGCUCUAAGGGUUUUGGGUAAGGGAUUAUGGACCUGUAUUAAUAAGGUUUUGUGGUAAUAAACGUGUUUUAUUUUUACAGUU